AAACAAUGAAGAAGAAGCACCACAAUCAAGUGUCAAACUUAUAUUCAUGCGUGUUGGGUUUAUCCCACGGCUGUCGCGUUUUAUUUAAACCGGCUUAGUAUCUGAGAUUUUGCUUCUCUCUGUUUUGUUGAACAAAAAGUGUCCAAACAACAUGAUGGAAAUCGAAACUGGCGAAGGACAGUUGCAAAUUCACCUGACAACGAAGCAACAGGAAUAUGCUGUCCCUGAUAUACCAUAUACAAUCGGUGCCAACGUGGCAUCCGAGGAUUUGAACACCUUGGUAAACACACUGCUGAAAGAAAGCAGAGAGAAUGAGGAUGUAGACUUCGACUUUCUUGUUUUUGGUGAAUUUCUAAGGUCACGAUUAGGAGAUCAUUUAAAGGAAGAAAACAUUUCUUUUGAAGACGCUAUUGAAAUCGAAUAUGUUGAUCGUUUUCCAUCGCCAGAACCAAGAUGUCUACUGCACGAUGAUUGGGUGGCUGCUGUUAAAACCUGCGGAAACUGGAUUUUGACUGGAUGCUAUGAUAAUACUUUAAAUAUUUGGACUACAAAAGGCAAACACGUACUCACAAUUCCAGGACAUAACAACCCUAUCAAAGCUGUUUCGUGGAUAUCUUUAGAUGAGAAAAGUGCAACGUUUGUAAGUUGUUCUCAAGAUCAAACUGCCAUGCUUUAAUGGAAUGUUGAAAAUAACUCAGUCGAUUGUGUUCACGUGUGCAAAGGCCAUGAGCGUGGUAGUGACUGUGUGGAUAUAAGUCCUGAUAAACAGCGUUUCGCUACAGGCAGCGGGAUACAAUGUUAAAAAUCUGUCGGCCGACUUCAUGAUGAUGAUAAUGGUUCGAGACAGUCAAAAAAAGCUCGCUCCGAAAGUGGGAAAACAAGAACGCCGAUCAUGACACUACAAGGUCAUCGCGAAUGUGUUUCUAGUGUUCAGUGGAUGGACCAAACGACACUUUUGACGAGCUCAUGGGAUCACACAAUGAAAAUUUGGGAUUUGAACUUAGAAGGGGUGAAAUCGGAAAUUACCGGUAAUAAAUCCUUCUUCGAUGCGAGCUAUUCUAAGUUGAACGGACUUAUAAUAACAGCUUCACCCGAUAAAAACCUCAGAUUAUAUGAUCCACGGUCGAAUCAGGGAGCUAUCGUGAAAAACACAUAUCUUGGGCAUAGCCAAUGGGUACAGAGCGUUACUUGGGCACCACACGAUGAAUUUAUGUUUCUUUCAGGAUCAUACGAUAAUCAAGUCAAAUUGUGGGAUCACAGAAGUCCGAAAGCACCUCUAUAUGAUUUACUCGGUCAUGACGAUAAAGUGUUGGAUGUCGAUUGGUCUAAUCCUAAGUUCAUGGUGUCGGGAGGAUCUGAUAACACUGUUCGUAUUUUUAAAUCCAAAAAAGCUGUUAAUAAACCAUCAGAUGUUUAAUAAAAAUUAUGUACAAAUCGAA